AUGAGUAAAGAGAAAAAGAUUGAGCCAUCCAUGUUAACAUUUUUUGUCUAGGAAUCGAACUAGAACUUUUGGGAAUAGACCUAAACAACCGAAUUAGAUGUAAUGAUUUUCAUAACUUUAAGUCGUAAGAAUUCUUGAUCGAACAUGAAUUUGUUAGAGAGGCCAUGAAGGAAGUGAAAGUCAAACAUACCUUGCUUGUGUUGGGAGAGGAGUAUUUGUAUAAGAUCUCUCCGAAAUAAAAUUUAAAGCGAGUUCCUUUAAAUAUAUUGCAUUUCGAUACGAUCCCAAAAUUACCAGAAGAUCAUAUUUUACAACUCAAUUCUGAAAAUUAAUUAUAAGGAUUCAAAUUAACGUAUGCAAGCAAGAUACUUCAAGUUUUUACAUCAAAUUCUGUUGUUUAUUUGUAAUGGUAAGCCAUUUUAAAACGUAAAUGUCUACUCUCUUCCUUCCAUGAAACAUAUCACGUUGAGAAAAUGAUAGGCAAGGGCAGUUUUGCUAAGGUAUAUUUGGCCACUUCAAAUGGAUAAUCAUAUGCUAUUAAAGCAUUUAGUAAGCAAUUCAUAAAUGAAUAACCGAAGGUACACUCUGAUUUUUAAAGUAGGGCAGGGAAAGUCUACUUAAUGAGAUGUAAGUGAUGAGAGCCAUAAAACAUCCCAAUAUUGUGUAAUUGUUGGAAGUGCAUGAAACGCAAAAUUCGAUAUAUUUUGUUUUAGAAUUAGUUGUUGGAGGGGAAUUGCUCCAGAGAGUGAAAGAGAAGGGUAAAUACUUGUGAUAAUCUAAGGACUAUUGAAAUCUGAUGAUCUGAUUAAAAUUGCAUUUAAUUUACUGAGUGCACUGGAUCAUUUGCACCAAAAAAGAAUAUUCCACCGAGAUUUGAAACCUGAAAAUCUCCUUUUUAAAUCUAAAGAGGACAAUUACAAUAUCAUGAUCGCAGACUUCGGUUUGGCAGCCUUCUCUGAUUAGGAAUUGAUAUUUAAGAGAUGUGGAACUCCAGGUUUUGUGGCUCCUGAAAUUCUACUUUAUAUUGAUGGAGGACCAAUUUAUGAUACCAAAUGUGACAUUUUCAGUGCUGGUGUCAUCCUGUACAUAUUAAUUGUAUAAUUAUCAAACUAAUAAUUAGACUGGUAAAUAACCUUUCCCUGGCCAAGAUCAAAAGGCCAUUUUAAAGGCUAAUAAGGCUUGUUAGGUAGAUUUCGGAUUGCCAGCCUUUUUGAAGACUCCCAUCGAAUUUCAGGAUCUAGUAAAAAAGAUGUUGUCAAGCAAAAUCAGUGAUAGGCCAACUGCAUAAGAUGUAAGUAUUGUUAUGUAUUCUAUCAAGUGCUUAAAACACAAGUUUUUCGCUAAAAUAUCUUAACAAUUAAAGCAAGAUUAAUAAGAUUUGGAAGAAUAACAACAGCAUGUAAUGAACAAUCUAGCCAAUUAUGACAUAGAAUAUACAAUUGGUCUAAAGAACAACACUCAGAAGUAAAAUAUAUUUAAAUUAGUUCGGAGGAUUUAGUAGGAUCACAGUAAUUGCAAUGGCGAAGACCAGCUUAUAAUGGUAAUGUUUAGACUGUGGAAACCUUAACAAAUUGUUCCACUGUUUCGAUCAAACAAAUUGACGCCUAAUCUUCAUCUUAGUUCUAAUAAUAAAAAUAACCUCAACAAUCUAAAUUCAGCAUUUUCAGUGCUAAAUUAUCAAGACAAAAUAGCUUUGAUGGAGGAACUGGUAUUAUAUAUACAUCUAUGUAGAUAUGUUCAAAGAUUGUGCAUCUCCUGGUAGAAGUAAGAUUUCAAAAGAGAAGGACUUACAUAAGAUUGCAUUGAAGAACUCUUUUCGAUUUUGCUAAAAACCAUAAUUGUAAGUGGAGGACAAUCAAAUCAAUUAAGAAUAAUCAGAAGUAAGUGAACUGAUCAAAAGACACAAUUCUAGUGAAUUGAUAAAAAUGAAUCGUACUGAUCAUGAAAUUUAAUCUCCUAAAAAAGUCGAAUGA